AUGACUGAUAACUUUCCAGAUGGCGUAAAUACGGUGCUAGGAAGUAAACGAUUAUCCGAGCUCGGGAAAACGCUAACACAUGAACAUCUGGCUCUUGAUUUUCGCAAAUUUUACUUACCACCGCCGAAACAUCUUAAACGUUUCCCUGUCGGCAGCUUAUCUCUCCAAGAUGUCGGAUACGUUCGACAAUAUCCAUAUAGCAGCUUAUAUAACUUGGAAUUUUCCGGUAAUGAUGCGGCAAAAGCUGUCUAUAAAGACGUGGAAUUAUUUAAAGAGGCCGGUGGCGGAACUAUCGUGGAGAACAGCAGCCACGGUUUGAAACGCGAUAUUUCUUUAAUGAAGAACGUUAGCCAGUCCUUGGGAGUUAACGUGAUUGCGGGAACCGGCCAUUACCUCGCCAGUACACAAAACGCAUCGACUCUUAAUAUGACCAAAGAAGAAAUGUACAAUCUAAUGUGCAAAGAGUUGGAAGAAGGUUGCGUGGAAUAUCCCGAAGUAAAGGCAGGAUUUAUCGGAGAAGUUGGCAGUAAUUGGCCGAUCGAAGACUUUGAAAAACGUGCCAUUUGUGCAACUGCCGAGGUCCAAGCUCAAUUACGUUGUUCCGUGAGCUUUCAUCCUGGAAGGAAUGCAUCUGCACCCAUGGAAAUAAUGAGGAUCUAUCAAGAGGCGGGUGGAGAUGCGAGCAGAGCUAUUAUGUCUCACGUCGAUCGUACGUUAAUAAAAAAGGAGCAGCUCAUGGAAUUCGCCGAUGCUACCAAAUGUUAUAUCCAGUUCGACCUAUUCGGCAUCGAAUGCUCUUUCUAUCAACUGAAUCCAUUCAUGGAUUUUCUGUCGGAUGCACAGCGUGUCAAACGUAUUGCGCUGCUGAAGAAAGAGAAAAAACUGGACCGGGUUCUCAUGAGUCACGAUAUACACACAAAGCAUCGCCUGAUACAUUUUGGCGGACACGGAUACUCUCAUAUCGCUAAUAAUGUUGUGCCAACUAUGAUAAAUAAGGGCUUCACGACAGAAGAAAUUGAACUGAUAACAGCUGAGAAUCCCAAGAAGUGGCUUACUCGGCAGUAAACCAAAUUUUGCGAAACAAACUGUGCUCAAUUAUAAAUUGAUAUUUUUAAGACUAACUAU